CUAAAAGUGUGACCUUAUUUUAUUUUCAAUUUUUUGGUUUUUAGUCUUUUUGAUAAAAGCGUGUUUUUUAAAAUGUUUUUUUAACAGUUUUUUAUUGUCGGUUAAAUUUUGAAAUUCAGUUUAUUUUUGUUUAAAAAAAACGUUUUUGUACAACAAAUUUAAGAUAAAAUAUACAAAUUAGAGGAUUAUAAUCAGAGAAAUGGAUUCGAGAAUUCCAAAACCGUCAUCUGGAGUGCCACAGAAGAAGCCAGCGGGCAAUAACUUGUUCGAUUUUGCUACAAUUAAUAAAUUUGAUGAUAUCAAGAAUAAGAAAGCAGAGAAUGAAAGCAAAAAACCGUUAAAUGAGCUUGGCAUCAAUGUAAUGGGACAGUUUAAGUUUACUCGCUCAAAAUCUCCGGAUGUACAAAGAUCCAAUCAAUUGACAAUGCCAAAACUUCGAAGAAGUAAGUCAUCAGCAGAUUUGACAAUGAGCAGACCGACACUAAAGAGAAUGCAAACAACUGUUGAGAAUGUACCGACUAAAAGAUUCAAACCUACUGGAUCUAUUGUAAAGCCUCAAAUUAAUGCCUUUAAAAACCCAUCACAGGAGAAGAAAAAUGCAAUUUUAACGACCAUGAAGUCUUCCGGUCUAUUGACAAAUGCUGUUAAAAAACCAUUGAUUAAAUCCAGCAGUACAGAAGGACCAAAAUCGACUUUAACAAAAACAGCUACUGUAAAUAAAACAGUUUCGUCAGUACAGCCAGCAAAAGUUGCAAAUAAGCCGAAAAUAGCACCAUAUGACUUUAAGGCACGCUUUCAUGAUAUCAAGGAAAGGUAUGACAUUUUAAAGGCAAAAUCAGACCAACAAAAAGAACAUAUAUCGACACUUGAAGAACAAUGUGAAAAUUUCGAUAGCCGCGAGAAGGAACUGCUUGAUAAAAUUGAGAAAAUCGAACAAGAACUUUUUGAUGCGACUGAAGAACGAGAAAAACUGAUUAUUGAGAUUAAGGCAUUAAAAAGUACAAAUAAAGGCUUGACAUUAAAGAAUGCAGCACUUUCAGCAGAUUUGAAUGUGACAUCUGAACAAUUUGAAACUACAAAACGGUCACUUUCGGAAUUAACUAGAAAGCAUGACAGGCAAACUAUUGAUUAUGAGGAAUUGCAAAGGACAUCUGGAACUAUGAAGCAUGAUUAUGAAGAGGCUUCGAAUAAAUUGUUAUUGUCACAAGAUCAACUUUAUCAGAUUAAUAUUGAACGAAAAGUUCUUCAUAACAUGGUUCUCGAUUUGCGAGGUAAUAUUCGUGUAUUUGCUCGUGUACGUCCACCACUUCAGACAGAAGAAGACAAAAUGCUUUGUGGAUGGUCAUUUCCUGAUGAAGCAACAUUGGAAAUUCUGAGCAACGAAAUAUCAGGAUCUAAAAAAUUAAAGCAUGACUUUUCAUUUGAUCAAGUCUUUGAUCCUAAUACGGCUCAAGAUGAAAUCUUUGAAAUGGUCUCGCCAUUAAUUCAAUCAGCUAUGGAUGGAUAUAAUGUUUGCAUUUUCGCUUAUGGACAGACUGGCUCUGGAAAGACUUUCACAAUGGAUGGACAUGAAGGAAAAUUGGGCAUAAUACCGAGAACAGUUAAAUUACUUUUUGACUCGAUUAAAACUGCUGAUAUUUUAGGAUGGAAAUACACGAUUAAAGCUAGUUUCUUGGAAAUUUAUAAUGAAGUUCUUUACGACCUACUAAGCAAUGAGAAUAAGGAUGUGGAAAUAAGAAUGGCAAAUGCAAGAAACAAAACAGAGAUUUAUGUCUCAAAUUUGACUGAAGUCGAAGUUAAAACAGCUGCAAGACUUCACGAAUUGAUGAUUAUUGCACGCUCAAAUAGAGCAACUGCUGCCACAGCUGGUAAUGAAAGAUCAAGUCGUUCACAUGCUGUGACGAGAAUUGAAUUAACUGGUCAACAUUCUAGUAAGCCUGAAACAUUAGUUGGUAUGAUUAAUCUAGUAGAUUUGGCUGGAAGUGAAAGUCCAAAAACAAGCACACGAAUGGAUGAAACGAAGAACAUCAAUAGAUCAUUAAGCGAAUUGAGUAACGUCAUAUUAGCAUUAGUACAAAGAAAUGAGCAUGUACCGUACAGAAAUUCAAAAUUGACGCAUUUAUUGAUGCCUAGCUUGGGAGGAAAUAGCAAAACAUUGAUGUUUGUAAAUGUAUCACCAUUUCAAGAUUGUUUUACAGAAACUGUCAAGUCUCUACGAUUCGCUGCUACCGUCAAUAGCUGUAAACUCGCAAAGGCAAAGAGAAACCGGCAAAUGAAUCAAUCGUCUGUAUUUUAAUUUCUCAUUACUAUUUGUUCAUAUAAUAUCUAAAACUGUUUUGUAAUCUGCUAAUUAUUGAGCAUUUAAAUUUAUGUAUCUCUCUUGUAUCAAUAAAAUCAUUAAUCUGUAAAGCUAAUAAACAAAAUAAUAAAAACAGGCUUCAAGUCAUUUCUUUUUUUUUUACAUAAGAAAGUUUAU